GCAAGUUCAGAAUACAAAACGACGGCAGUCCUUCAGAUAAGAAAGUUCACUGUUUUACUAGACAGUCACGGUGCGGUUCUUCCACCAUGAAACUUCAGGUUUUGCAAUGCGUCUUAUUUGGAUAUACGAUAGCUUUCACAGCCGCAAACUUUGAUCAACGGAAAAUAGAUUAUUUUCUAAAUGCUGCUCUAUCCUGUCGUCAAAAUAAGAAUCCCGGUCUUACAGUAUCCGUGGUGAAAGAUGGAAAAGUCCAGUUUGCGAAGGGUUACGGAAUUGCUGAACUCGGUACUAGCCGUUGGGUGACCAACAGAACGCUCUUUGGUAUAGCCUCAAUGUCAAAGGCAUUUGCAGCUACUUUGAUGAUAAAACUAUUACAUGACAGAAAAAUGUCUAUCUACACGAAACCCAGUGAUGUUCUGGCUGAAGGUUUCGCCUACAAUACUACAGAAUUUACCGAUUACGCUACCAUACGUGACAUGAUGACACACUGUCUUGGUGUUCCAACCAAUCAGAUGAUGAGGCUGGAUACAACACUGACAAGAAAAGAAGCCGCUAGGCGUAUCCGUUAUUUCCACCCUGUGUACAAGUUUCGUCUACACUAUCUGUACAGCAAUAUGCACUAUGGAAUCAUUUCGUACCUCAGCGAGGUGAUAGGUGGGAAAUCAUGGGAGGAACUCAUACAACAAUACAUCUACACACCGUUAGGCAUGAACGAUUCGGAUUUCUUGCGGACGGCUGACAGAACAAAGAAAGACGUUGCCCAGGGUUACGCAGAUGACGAAGUGCGUGGUGGACUUGUACCUGUACCUGAAGAAGUGAAUAAACAGUGGGGCGUGUACGGGGGAUCCACGGGUCUGAUGAGUUCCUCAGCAGAUAUUGCUAAAUGGAUGCUGAUGCAGCUGAACGACGGUAAAAAUGAGAAUGGUGAUGUGGUUAUAGACCCAGCCGACCUCGCCCAGACCCACUCACCACAGACAGCAAUAAGAUCAUCUACAGUGGAGACCAACUUCCAUAAACCAAAGGCGCCUUUCACAGUCACGGAAACAGCAUACGCUUUUGGAUGGAAAAAUGGAUUUUAUAAAGAAUACAAGAUGUUACGGCAUACUGGAACAACAUACGGGUACUCCUCCUUGAUAACUCUACUGCCGGAUGCAAACCUUGGUGUGUUCGUCAGCAUGACAGGGGAAGAUGAAGGUUAUAUAACCCGUACUCUUAUACACAGUUAUCUCUUGGACACGUUUCUCGGCAUAGAGCCAACAAUUAACGUGACAACAGUUUGUACGUACCCCGAGCCCUGGUACAGAAGUAGUCCCUCCUUUAGCGCUCCGAUAGUCAAGACUAUACCACCAACAAGGUCACUUACAGACUAUGUGGGAUCGUAUCAUCAAACAGCAUACGGUGAACUAGUGAUCAGAAUGAAUACAACUGUGAAUCAGCUACAGAUGGACUAUGGGAUUGGCCACUGGAUUUUGUAUCCCGAGAGGACUCAUGACACGUUUGCUGGCGAAGCGUUUGGUCUAAUGUACAAGUUGGUUGAUCUCAGUCACGUGAAGUUCCACGUACAUUCGUACUCUGUAGUCAGUGUUGAAAUUCCAGGGUUCGAAUCUAAAGAACCACCUGUGUUCGUAAAAGGAAAAGGCGCACAUGGCGGACCGGGAGUAGUCGGAUAAACUUCAGUGUUGUGAUUUACCUGUAACCAGUAUAAAUGAAAUAAAUUAUGAAGUUUA